CACAAUGUCACGAAAGUAAGAUGCUUUGAUAAAAGUCAGGUUACAGUAAAGUAAGUUGGAUAAAUUUGUCAGUGACAUUCAAGACUAAACAUAGCAAUUUGCAAAUUACAACUUGAAUUCACUGUUUCAGUUUAAAUGCUCAAUAAGAGCAAACCAAGCUCCGACUCCGACUUGGGAGCUAAACCUAGUCCUGGACCCGGAGCAAAAGAUGCUCACGGUUCUAUAAAUGAACCCAGAGUAAAACCCAGACCAGGAGCUAAAGAAACUAAAAAAACAAGUGAAAUGAACAUACUAGAAGACGAAUACAGCAAACAUAAGAAAAUAAAUGAAUCUGGAUCCUGGAUAAAAAGAGGAAAAGAAGAUGAAAGAGAACUUGGAGAAAAUGAGAAUGGAGAAACUCCUAAACUUAUAAACUCAAGUUUUACGAUGAAGAUUUUAGAUCCAGUGCUGGCUGAAGGAACUUUUCUUGGUUCAGGCUCAGGGCUAACAUUGGGAACUUCUGUCAAGGGUCCUAAGAAGGAGAGGAAGGGAAAGAUCCAAGUAAAGACGACCUCUCUCCAAGGUGUGAGAGAGCAGAGAGGUCCAACUUGUAAGCUUGAUAUGUACAAUAAGUUUCAACCCUGGGUUCUAUCGACCUAUGGUGACUCCGCUAAAACUAAAACUAUUACAAGAAAGAAAGCCGCAAGGAUUGCUUGUCUGCUCUCCGCGGAAAAGGAAUCCCUGGAUCCUGCUGGGAGUGAAGCUGCAAAGUUCAGGCUAUGGGUGAAAAGUAAAGGAUUACAGCUGGCUCCCUCAACAAACAAGGAUGAAGCUGAGAAUGAGAAUUCUGAACCUUUACUGAUAGUUCCCUCCGGGACGGAUAAGACGUUGGAUGGAAACGUGCAUUUCGUUUACAAGAAGGUUGCCGUGGUGGAACAGUUCUUUGAUAUUAUUUACUCAGUACAUGUUGAAUCCUCAGCAGAUACACAGUUACGAGGGAGAGCUGGGAAACACUGCGGACAAAAGAGAACCUAUAGAGCGGUUGCGGACCAGUAUGCUUUUAUACCUAGAGAAGCUGUAUCUAGAUUUCUUCUAUACUGCACUGAAUGCCAGAGGAAGCAGCCUGUGCCCACCCUGGACACAAAUAUUCGACCAAAUCAGGAGGAGCAAGAACGGAUGAGCACCCCUCAACCUGUGAACUGUUCUCCGGGUACCAUCUUCAGUACAGGAGCUCAAUCCUUUAAGAUAUCAUGUUCUCCUACCAGACAACUAGAGUCUCCUUAUUCACCUAGAAAAGGAGGAAACAAUCAACAAACAUAUCAAAAUCUUGGAUCAAAGACUGGAGAGUUUGGAGAUCAGAGCACGGCGGCCGCGCAUGCGCAUGCAAUCGCUUAUGCCCAGGCGAUAAAUGCGCUACAGUCUUUCUCUAGCCCACGACUUUUUCCACCCUCGCCCUCUGUAUUCCCCUCCUCAUCUGCCUUCCCUCCCUCGACCCAGAUGUUUUCCAACUCUCCUACCUUCCCUCCCUCAUCUUCCUUCUUCCACCCCUCGGCAGUGUACCCCAACACCUCCAUCUUCCCCCCCUCCCCCUCCCCUGACAACCUGGAGAUUGAUCUCAGUCUACCGAUCACAUCAACAUAUCUUAAACGACUCAAGGGGCGUGAAGUACCAACUGCAGAUGACUACUUUGGAUUCGCGAUCAAAAAGGAGGACCCUGAGAGCGGAGAGGAUGCAUCAUCUGACCCAACCUGGGCAAACUUCUCACACAAACAUUCAUUCUCUCAGAGCAACAUUCAGAACUCCUCUCAGAGCAACCUUCAGAACUCCUCCCAGAGCAACCUACCACUCUCUAACCUUGGACAGUAUCUAGCACAGAACAGAAAUGGAUCGUCGAGUCCGAGUAGAUCAGAUAUAACAAGAGACGAAUCAAUUAUUGGAGACGACAACUCGUCCGUUGGAAACAAAGACGACGACGACGACGAGGACGAAGACGACGGUUCGGACGAUAAAUUCGACAACAGUGGAGAUCCAGAGAGACUGAAGGCGUUUAAUAUGUUUGUUCGUCUGUUUGUUGAUGAAAAUCUAGACCGACAUGUUCCAAUCUCAAAACAACCCAAGGAGAAAAUACAGGCUAUAAUAGACUCUUGUACCCGACAGUUCCCUGAGUUUUCUGACCGGGCCCGGAAGCGUAUCCGGACCUAUCUCAAAUCUUGCAGAAGAACUAAACGGUCCAGGGAGCAAGCAGGACUAGAUACUAAUAAUAGGCCCACUCCUCCCCACUUAACAAGCGUGCAUGCAGAACAAAUGCUUGCGCGCGCAUGCGAGAACGAAGCUGAAAAUGCAAAGCGCAUGCGCAUGGGCAUGGAGCCUAUUUCUCAGCCUAUUCCUAUACCUAUGUCCUAUUGCUCUCCAAUGGACGUAGUGUCCGGUGGGUCUCCGGUCACGGUCACGAUGACCAUGAUAGAUAAAACCAAGAUGGAGUACAAACCUGAACAGCUGACAUCCCUUCUAGCUACCAGUCAGCAUUCCAACAUGGUGCCGGUUUCAAGUAUGCCAGUUGUUAACGGAGCAACAGCUGCCAUGUACCGACAAGUUCUACAACAACAACAACAGCCAACAGUUUACCAUUCACAACCACCAGGCCUACUACAAGGACUUGGAAACACUAACGGUCAAGGCCUUGAAAGCUUGAAGAAACCUCCAUUGUUAAAUCACAAACUAAACGGUACUGAAAUGACAGCUGUUCGUCAGCUGAUAACUGGAUAUAGAGAAAGCGCGGCAUUUUUACUGCGCUCAGCAGACGAACUUGAACAUCUGAUUCAGAUUCAACCAAAACUUUAAAUUCACACCCUGUCCCUCUUCCUAACCUUGUCCCUUCACAUUUAAAUCUCAACGUGUCAAUUACAUUUGUUUUUUUAAUUUUCCCCUUUCUGGAAUGUUGAAGACGACCCUGCCCCCGUAUCUUGAUAUAAAAUGUACCCAAAUUAUUUUUAUUAUACUGAACACUUCAUUACCAAAAUAAAUAAUGAUUUUUUAUUUUAACUUUAAUUUUUUAUUUGUUGAACUAAGUUUGAUUAAGCAAUUAUCUAGAGGUUCAAUGUUUGCUCUGCAAUUUUCACAAAGGAACAAACUUUUUUGGUUUCCGUUUUUUUCAUAAUGCUCCGUCCCAUCAAUUUAGAUUACUAUUCAUUUUUCGCAUGUGCAACUGGUGUACAAUAUGCUUACAUCAUGUGCAUAUUUGUACACAUAUCCCCGAAUCCAUCAACUGUUGUACACUAUAUAUAUCCUAUUUCUUGUUGUUGUAUACUGUUGUAUCUAUAUAAACUACUGUGAUUCUGUUAAAGUCUGUUAUCAUUAUAUUACCCUGAGUUUACUUCGAUAUGUAAAAGUUGAAAUGAAGUACAGUGAUAACCAGAACACUCUGGAAUUGGAAGUCGACUUUUCGACUCAAGUUAUUAUUUUAAGUAGUCCAAUAAACAUGAGGCACAGAAAUUGUGCAGUGUAAACAGACCCAUUUCGCAUAAUAUGUGAUUAAACAACUUACGUGUAAAAUUAUUUGUUUUGAAACAACAUCAACUUCUGUAUUCUUUAAAGUCGUAUUCCUAUUCUUCAGGUUUGUAGUUAUCACUAAACAUUAACAACAUUUUUUUUGUGUCUUAUUUAGUUUUAAACUUAUGUUGUACUAUUAGUCGCUGAUUAGUCAUUGACACUUAAAAAGUUGUUAUGCUUACAGUCCUAAUAUCACUUACUGAUACUAUUCCUACUAAAAAUAGUCCUUUAUCUCAUACUAGUCCUACUCUUAAAAAUAAAUAGCGGUGCUAUUGUUACCCACUGAUACUAGUCCUACUGAUACUUGUCCUAGUGAUACUAGUCCCAUACUGGUGCUAGUCAUGCUGAUACUAGUCCUACUGAUACUAGUCCUACUGAUACUAGUCCAACUGAUACUAGUCCAACUGAUACUAGUCCUACUGAUACUAGUCCUACUGAUUCAUGUCCUAGUGAUACUUGUCCUAGUGAUACUAGUCCCAUACUGAUACUAGUCAUGCUGAUACUAGUCCUACUGAUCCAUGUCCUAUUGAUACAUGUCCUACUGAUACUUGUCCUAGUGAUACUAGUCCCAUAAUGAUGCUAGUCAUGCUGAUACUAGUCCUUUCACUGAUACUAGUCUUACUGAUAUUUGUCCUAGUGAUACUUGUCCUACUGAUACUUGUCCCACUGAUACUUGUCCCAUACUAAUGCUAGUCAUGCUGAUACAACACAUUUACAAUUUAUUCCUAUUUAUUUCUUUUAAUUCCUUCCAUUUCUUAUACAGUGUUUUCUAUUGUAUUCCUAUAGAUGUUGAGAAAAUAUUUAUUGUUUUACAAGCCAUCUUUACCAUCCCCCCCCCCCUCCCUCAUUUCCAAUAUGAAACUAUUAACAUUAAAAACAUCGAUGUGAUCCUUCGUCAUGCUUUCUCAUUCCAGACAGAUUAUUGUUUAUAUCUUGGUUUUGUCAAGUAAAUUGUUUUUAUAAAAAUAUACAUAGAAAAUUA